AUAUAUAUAUUUUAUUUAUUCCUGUUUUAUAAGCCAGGCCUUUGUUUUGGCUUUUAUCUUAGUUUUUAUUCGUUACAAACUCUCUCUCUCUUUCUCUCUCUUCUUUCUCUCUCUAAACCUUUUCUUUCUCGCCGGCGUCGGCGAUAUGCUCGAUGCAAUUGUUUUCCGGCUAGAUUCUCCGGUGAACCGAAAAUGAGAUCGGAACUUUCAUCCAUACAGUAAGGAAAGCUGUUUGGAUAGCUGGAAAUCGAGGGAGAAAGUUUUCCGGGGAUUUUCUUGGUAAUUCGGUAGUCUGAAAUAAUUUUUGAAACAGUGAUUUUUAUAUACGAAAAACUGAUUUUUGCUGUGAUAUUUGGGAGAUUUGGAGCCUGAAGUUUGUUAUGAAUUAAAUUCAUAUGGAGAAUAAUAGAUUGAUGGAAAUUGAUUGUGUGCAAAAAUCAGAGUUUGGUUUCUGAGAAUUUGGUUCAGGAUAAGUGGGAUUCUUAUUUGCAUGAACAUCUUUUUGAAGAUUGUUGUUUUUUGAUUUUGUAAAGAGAAAGGUAUACUUUUUUAAAGAUUUGUUAACAUGACAGAGAUACCAAACAGGAAUUCUUUGAUGAUUGAAGAGGAAAGAGAAGUACAUACUAAUCAUAAUAGUGUGAGGUUUGAGGGUAGAAUGAAUGAUGGUCGUCUUAGAUUGGGAUCAAGUGAUUCAUUUCUCCCUGGUCUUGUUGAUGAUGUGGCUUUGAACUGUCUUGCUUGGGCUUGUAGAUCUGAUUAUGCUUCAUUAGCUUGCAUUAAUAAAAAGUAUAGUACGUUAAUUAAUAGUGGGUAUUUGUAUGGGUUGAGGAAACAGUUGGGGAUUGUGGAGCAUUGGGUUUAUCUUGUUUGUGAUCCAAGAGGUUGGGAAGCAUUCGAUUUGUCGAAAAAGAAAUGGAUUACAUUGCCUAGAAUACCCUGUGAUGAGUGUUUCAAUCAUGCAGAUAAGGAAUCUCUGUCUGUGGGUAGUCAGUUGUUGGUGUUUGGUCGUGAAAUGUUGGAUUUUGCUAUUUGGAAGUACAGUUUGAUACGUCGUAGUUGGGUUAAAUGUCAGGGAAUGAACCGCCCUCGCUGUCUGUUUGGGUCCGGUAGUCUUGGUUCAAUCGCCAUUGUUGCAGGGGGGAGUGAUAAAAACGGAACUGUAUUGAAAUCAGCAGAGUUAUAUGACUCCGCAACAGGUGAGUGGGAAAUGCUACCGAACAUGAAAACCCCGCGAAGAUUGUGCUCGGGGUUUUUCAUGGAUGGAAAGUUUUACGUGAUUGGUGGGAUGUCAAGUCCCACUGUCUCAUUGACUUGUGGAGAGGAGUUUGAUCUUGAGACGAAAGAAUGGAGAAGGAUAGAGAAUAUGUAUCCACAGGCGAAUAGGGCGGCUCAGGCGCCCCCUCUUGUAGCAGUUGUGAGUAACCAGUUAUAUGCAGUUGAGCAUCUCACCAACAUGGUUAAAAAGUAUGACAAGGUUAACAACACAUGGCAUGUUUUGGGAAGGCUUCCUGUGAGAGCUGAUUCCGCUAAUGGUUGGGGGCUCGCUUUCAAGGCUUGUGGUGAAGAACUUCUAGUUGUGGGUGGGCAAAGAGGUCCCGAAGGUGAAAGUAUUGUUCUCAACGCUUGGCGCCCAACUUCAGGCGUUGUUAGGGAUGGCGUUUUGGAUUGGAAGAUUCAAGGUGUGAAGGAACAUGGUGGUGUCUUUGUAUUCAACUGUGCAGUUAUGGGUUGUUGAAGUAAGAUUCUAUAUUUUUUUUUUCUCAAAAAAAAGAAAAGAAAAGAAAGAUUAACACAAAAAGAAGGAACCAGUUUCUGCAAUCUGACCUGGCCCUUUUCGGGUUCUAUCCUCUGUGUAUUGGAUUGACUAGAAUUAAUUUGUUGAUGAAAUAGUGUUUCUCUUUGGUUGGGGAUUUGGUUUCCUUUUCUCUUAACUUUCCUUGUAUUGCAUAUGUUUCUUUCUUUGCAUCCUACAUAAGAUUUGGUUUCUAGGAAAUCAAAAUAGGGUCUCACUCUCUUGUAAUUUUUGUGCUUUUUUCUUUUAUAUAUUUCAAGUUUCUUCUUUUCA